UGACGGGCUGACGGUCUAAACGCCUCCUGUCGCUCUGUCUCCCAGGCUGGGCCCGGCCGGAAGCCUCGGCACCAGACCGUCCGUGAGGAGAGGCCCCGGCACGUGGAGAUGGCCCGCCCGGGCCGGCUAGGAGGCCGCCGGGAGGCCCGGGCCGACGACCACGAGCCGAUGCCGGAGGAGCCGACGCCGGGGGAGGGGUGGGGCCGGCCCCCCGGCUCCCCGCUCGAGGCCCGGGGGUCGCCCGUGGCCGCCGACGGGGCCGCCACGCUGGCCCGCGGGACCAAGAGGAGGAGGAAGAAGGAGGAGUCUCGGCCACAGUCCGUCAUCGUCUACCGCUCGGAGAACCAGGGGCCGGAGGAGGAGGAAGAGCAGGAAGGGCAGGAAGACGGGGAGCCCUCCAGAGAAGAGGAGGGAGCCAGAUUCCUGGGGAACCCCUCGGUGGACGGCGCCCGCUACGUGACCCUGACGGGGACGGUGACGCGGGGCCGGAGGAAGGGCCAGCUGGUGGACAUCCACGUCAGCCUGACGGACCGGGAGCUGCGGCAGCUGAGCGGGGCCGCGGACCCCCCGGGCCGGCCCGCCUGCCCCCUGGGGCCCGACCGGGGCCCCCACGUCCUCCUCUGGACGGUGGCCUGCCUGCCCGUGGUCUUCGUCCUGGCCUUCGUGGUCUCCUUCUACUACGGCACCCUCACCUGGUACAGCGUGUUCCUGGUGUACAACGAGGAGCGUGCCUUCUGGCACAAGGUGUCGUGCUGCCCCUGCCUGGUCCUGUGCUACCCGCCGCUCAUCGUGGCCCUGGCCGGCUCCCUGGGCCUGUACGCCGCCCUGGCCCAGCUGGCCUGGUCCUGGGGGGCCUGGUGGCGGGCGGCCCGCGACCUGGAGAAGGGCUUCUGCGGCUGGCUCUGCGGCCGGCUGGGCCUGGACCGCUGCGCGCCCUACAGCGUCGUCGAGCUGCUCGACGCCACGGGCGCCGACACGCCCGCCGGGCCCUCGCCCAGGCCCGCCGCACCUCCCGUGGAGACCUCGGCCGUCUGAGCGGCCUCCCUUCCACCCCCCGCCCUCCGUCCGGCGUCCCCUCCCCGACUCCGGCCGGCGGAAGGGGCGCGCCCUCUCCUUCCUGGGGGGAGGAGGAGGUGACGAUCACACUCACGUCGCUCUGAACUCCCCCCAGCCUGGGUGCCCAUAUGCCCUACAUCCUCCCACCCACCCACAUUCCCAUGGUCUCCCAAUCAUGGGGGCAGGGGGGUCUCUCACUCUCAUUCCACAUGGGGGAGGAGAAGGUAAUGACCACACCCACGUCCUUCGAGGCCCCCACCCCAUCCUGGGUGGGAUAAUAAUAAUGAUGGUGGUAUCUGUUGAGCGCUUACU